GACUGUAGUGUAGGACAGAAGCUGUCGUACUUUUCCUCGUUUGGGAGGCUUUAGCGGAAGAAAAAUAUUUGCAAACCCAGAUGCUGACAACUGUGAACAACCGGCAAUUUAAUUGUUUUAAUUUUGGAGGAAUAUCUUUGUAGCGCAACUGAUAAAUAUUUCUGGGCCUUGGAACAGCAGGACUGAGCCGAGAUAGAGAAAAAAAGGAAAAACAGAGGCCAAACAAGAAGAGAACGUACAAGAAGAGAGAGAGAGAGAGAGAGAGAGAGAGAGAGCGAAAGAGGAAGAAGAAAGAAGAAGGCGGGAUGAGAAACGGAGAGGCAGGCACAGAGGGAAGAUAGAAGAGGAAGCAGGGAGGUGCCCGAGCAGCCCAACAGCAGAAACGACGACAGCCGAAGGGACAGGCCAUGAAGCCACUGAAGAAAGGGGGCAGACCCUCGCCCCCGUCCACCCGCGCCAAGGCGAGUAGGAGACGGGGUCAGCCCGACAGCAGUCCCGAGCAGGACCAGUCCAAAGCCUCCCCCCCCUCCCCGAAAAGACACACGACGCCCCCCUCGUCCCACUCGGAGUCGUCCCAUGAGGAGGCCCCCCGGAUCACGGUGACCCCGGACCGGGAUGAGAGCCUCUCCCGUGAGGGCGAUUCUACGAAGGCGGUAGUGACAGUGGCGGAGGAGCGCCCGAGCAGCUGCCGGUCAUCGGACAGCAACAGCAGCGCGGCCAGCUCCAACAGCAGCCCCAACCCGUCGGCCAGCCGCAAGACGGCCACCUUCAAGGCACGUGUGCCCAAGAAAAAGUAUACAUCGGAGCACUGCUCCUCGUCCGCCGGCAUCACCACGGCCGCCACCGGAAACCAUGGCAACGCCAGCACGCCUCCGCUCAGUAGCAACGGUGACAGCAGCAGCGGCAGUGGUGCACACAAUGGUACCGUUGCCACGGCCAUCGCCACGGCAGCUCAGCCUCAGGUCAGCACUGCCAACGGCCAGCAGACACCAUCCAGCACACAGACGCCCCCCAGCCAGCCGUCAGCCGGCAACGACCCCCACAACCACAGCCAGAGCGGGGCAGCCCCUGUCAGCGCCGGCCAGUACGGGGACAGAGACACGGGGGAGAGGCCUCCAGUGGCCAGCCCCCCACGCUGCUCCUCCACAGACACUGCCAGCGAGCACUCGGCCGACCUGGAAGUGACCGCCGCUGCGCGCAUGCCGGCACCCUCAGAGCCCCAGCCCAGCACAGACGAUCGCCCCCACCAGCAGCAGCAACAGCAGCACCCCCCAGCGCCACCCCCAGCACACUGUAACUCCAAUCCCAUGCAGGACAGCCUGGCCGGAGGUCUGGCCGAGGCCCUGGCCAAGGGGCUGAAGAACCAGCGCGUGCUGGCGCGGCAGGGCUCCGGGGUGUUCCGGGCGGGCGUGGUGCGGCACGUGAGCGGGGAGCAGGGCAGCGUGGAAGUCCAGCUUAACGGGGAGAAGGGCAUCAGCUACUACCCCUUCCAGCCCAGCGGAGGCGCCGUGGACCUCGUGCUGGACUCCCCGCCCCCGGGAGCCGCGCAGGUGGCCAUCGGGACCCACGUGUGCGUGCCUUUUGGUGGCGGCCACGAGGCCAGCGAAGGGGCCCAGCAGCUGUACCGCGAGGGCCUGGUGACGCAGGUGGACCCCCACCCAGCCGUGUCCUUCCCCUACCGCGUGCUUCUGAGGGACGAGCCUGGAGCCGCCGCCACCGCCGCCACUGCCGCCGGUCACGACAGAAGUCCACAGGAGGAGGGCGGGGGAGCCUCCCCGAGCCCCGUGCAGGCCGUGUGGGUGUCCCGCCAGAGCCUGCGCCUCCUGGUGCCCCCCUGGGACCUGGACCCGGGCAGCCGCGCCUGGGAGGACCGCGAGGACAUGGAAGUGGAUGCUUGACUCUCGCAGCCUUAUCACUGGCCAGCUCUACACCAGGCUGCGCCCACCAGCGUCAUCCGCCAUCCCGGUCUCACUCCUCGGGUUCAGCUUCGGCCCCGACCAUCCAUGGUGACGGGGGGCUUGAUGAUGACGUCGGUGCUCAACAUGGCAGGCGGCUGGGAGCGCGAGCGGGAGCAAGAGAUGGAGAGAGAGAGGGAGCGGCAGAGGGAACGAGAGAGGGAGAGGGAAAGAGAGAGGGAGCGAGAGAGGGAGAGGGACAGAGAGCAGGAGAGACUCCAGCAGCAGCACCACCAGCAGCAACAGACCCCCGAGGAGGACAUGGAGGUGACCAUCUUCAACUCGACCCCGAUGAGAGAGGCCACUAUUGGGGCCGUGCCUGGAGGAAAGCCCCUCGGGGUCCCCCAGCACCGGCACAUCCUCUCCAAGCCUCCCUACCUAUCCGUGGUGCGUAACAUUGGACCCCCCCUGGGCCCUCACCUGGCUCUGAACCCGCACGGACCCCAAUCGUCAGUCCUGCUGGGCUUGGACGCAGGCACCCCGGUCAUCUCCUCUGCACCUCAGCUGCCCCCGCUUCCGCCUUCCUCGCGGGGAGUCCUGGACAAGCCUCCCUCCGCCAACUCCCACGGAUCCUCGGGGGGCUCUGGUUCGGGUGGCGGCUCGGGGUCAGGAUCAGGCCCGCGGUCCCGGACUCCUCUGACGGCGGCUCAGCAGAAGUACAAGAAGGGCGACGUGGUGUGCACCCCGAGCAUACGCAAGAAGUUCAACGGCAAGCAGUGGCGCAGGUUGUGCUCGCGCGAGGGCUGCUCAAAAGAGUCACAGCGCAGGGGCUACUGCUCCCGCCACCUGUCCAUGCGCACCAAGGAGAUGGAGGCUGGAGGCGGCGGGGGGCCGGGCCUGGGCCGCGACCGGAGUGGAGCCAGCAGCACGGGCACGCUCACGCCCUCCGACCUGAGGCUGGGCAGCGGGCGCACCAGCAGCGAGUUCGACUGGGACGAGACGUCCAGAGACAGCAGCGAGGCCAGUAGCCGUGGGGGCGACUCUCGUCCGCGCCUCGUGCUCCCCCUUCCCCCCCGACCUCCUCAAGGACCUCACCCGCUGACCUGUCACGCCGACCGACGACAGUCGCCGGCGGCCAACAUGCUGGUGUCUUCGGGAGCUUCAGCACCAGGACGCCCUCGUUUCUCAGCCGCUUCCAACCAGUCGCCCUUCUCGCCGGCCCCAUCCCCCUCGCCCUCACCCCUCUUCGGCUUCCGGCCCGCCAACUUUAGCCCCAUCACGCCCCCUCCCCCUCCCCAAGGCCAAGCCUUUCACCUGACACCAACUGUUGGCACGCUGGCGGGACGUGGAGGCCACCUGUCCGGCGUGGUGCCCACCUUCCAGACCAACCUCACCUUCACUGUGCCCAUGAGCCCCAGCAAGCGCAAGCCCGACAUCCAGCCCCCGACGCUCCCCCUGGCCCCCUCUGCCCCGCACGACUACGGCAAGCCGGAGGUCCAGCAGGCCCCUCUGGUGGUGGGCGACCCAACGCUCGGGCUUCAGGGCUUCAGGGUCCUGUCCCCCCAGAGCCAGCCCCCUCACCUCAGAUCCUUCUCCGCCUCAGGUGAGUGCCGCCCCAGAUCCUGCCCUGGCCUCACCCACGGGCCCAUGCUGGUGUCCCCCACGCCGCCCUCCCCCUUACCCCAGGAGCCCAGCCCUCGCCGGGGCAUGCCGCUCCGCGACUCCCCCGUCAUCGUGCGCAACCCGGACGUCCCGCUGGCCAAGUUCAGCGAGGGCCCUCUGAGUGGCCGGAGAGGCAGAAGUCGCCCGCGAGACAACGGUGGCCAGCCCCCGCACCUCACCGGCACGCUGCAGGCCCCCGUGCCCAUCAACGGCGCCAGCGCCACCAACGGAGCCGUGCUCCUGCGCAACCCCACCUCCACCCUCGUGCUGGUCACCUCCACCCAGUCGCUGACCACCACCUCCAGCACCCGCUCGGUCCACGUGGGCUCGGUCGCUGUUUCCGGCGCUGGAGCCGGUCCAGCAGUGGCCAGCGGCGGCAUGGGAGAGGGCAGGGAGAGAGAGAGGAACCCCGGGGGGCAUGGAGACACCCAUGGAGGGGUGCUGCCCCAGCCGGUGGCCUGCCACCCAACUCCCACUGCCCUGCUGCCCCUCAUCGUGCCCGCAGAGUCCCCACAACCUGCCCCACGCAAGGACAUCAUCAUGGGACGUCCCGGUACAGUUUGGACCAAUGUGGAACCACGCUCAGUCCCAGUCUUUCCUUGGCAUUCAUUGGUUCCCUUUCUGGAGCCCAGCCAAUCAAAUUCGUCUGGAGCCCAGCCCGCUGAUGGCCAGCCACUGGUGAAUCAGAGCAAAGAGCCCCGAUGUGGAGUAGCUCUUGUGAGUGAUGGCCGCAGUGGCCAGUCAAGCACAGAGAGAGGCUCACCGUCGCGCCCUCCCCCUUCUGCUGAGGACCCUCCCCCGGAGCGCGAGGCAGGAGACAGCGAGACAGAGAGCGAUGCAGAUGACCUGUUUCUACCAGGUGUGUCCCAGGACCCAGCCCCUUCCACAGUCCCAGCCAAGAGGCGCACACAGUCCCUCAGUGCCCUCCCCAGGGAUGGAGAUAAGAAGAGGGAAAAAGACCACAUCCGACGGCCCAUGAAUGCCUUCAUGAUCUUCAGCAAGCGCCACCGGGCACUGGUGCACCAGAGGCACCCCAACCAGGACAACCGCACAGUCAGCAAGAUCCUGGGAGAGUGGUGGUAUGCGCUGGGGCCCAAGGAGAAGCAGAAGUACCACGACCUCGCUUUCCAGGUGAAGGAAGCCCACUUCAGAGCACACCCAGACUGGAAGUGGUGUAAUAAAGACCGGCGGAAGUCUCUUUCUGAGGGCCGUGGGACCCCUGGGGCCAAAGACCCUCGGGAGCGCAGCGCCUCUGAGAGCACAGAGGCCCAGGCUCAAGGAGGGGAUCAGAAGGGACCAGUGUCCAGCUGGCCCCCUGGAUCGGAGCGGCGCUUGGGGCCUCUGGGAGGACAGCACCCUCGGCCCCGCGCUUUCUCCCAGAGUGCCGUGCACAGCCUGGAGAGGAGGGAGCAAGAGAGAGACCUAGAGAAGAUGUGUCAGGAAGGAGGAAGCGGGUUUCGCCCGCGGCCGUCCGCCUCGUCUGGACUGCAGCGGGGGGCCAGUGAGGACGUGACCAGCGACGAGGAGCGCAUGGUCAUCUGUGAGGAGGGUGACGAUGACGUCAUAGAUGACUCCUUCCCCGAGGGCUCUAUAGACCUGAAGUGCAAGGAGAGGGUGACAGACAGUGAUGAGGAGAACGCGUCUGCAGAUGAGGCCGAUGGCAAGCGAGCUUUCCAGCCGGUUGUCCGUCCGUCGCGUUCCUACUCCCCUGGCAGUGACCCAUCCAAGGGUGCGGGCAGCCGAGGCCGAGGCAACGGCCAUAGCCAAGAGAGGAUGAUCAACAUGGCGGGAGGACUGGACGUCAGCGGUCGACCCAAGGAGGUGAAAGAAGAGGAGGGUGGAGAAGGACUAGGUGGAGGAGGAGGGGUGUCCCAGCCUUCUGCUCACUCCCUCUCGUCCUCCGGCCCGACUCACCACCCCGGGAACGGCGUGACCCAGGUGCUGGGGCCGGUGCGGAUGGCGUCCACCGUGGUGACCAGCGUGGUGCGUCCUGUGGCCAGCACCCCGGUGCCCAUCGCCAGCAAGCCGUGCAACGACGGCGGCCUGCCCGGCGACAUGAAGACCAAGUUGCUGAUCGCCGCCGGAGGAGGAGGAGGAGGAGGAGGAGGAGCAGGAGGCGGCGGAGGAGGUGUCACCAUAGCCACUGGGGGUGGGUACUUCCCCUCAUCCUCUCCCAUACCGCAGGGUGGCGGUGGCGGUGUGGUCACCAGCUUGUUGCUGGGAGGGGCCUUCCCCAGCCAGCCCACUGUCCAGCUCCUCACCCAACCCCAGACCCUCCCCUGCCCGCCCGUCGGUAGCCCCCCUACCCACGGCAACGGCGGCACCCUCCCCCUUUUCCUCCCCGCCUCCUCGAUCACCCCCCCCGGCGGCAGGGUGGGCAAGCCGGUCACUCAGGUGCAGUACAUCCUGCCCACCCUGCCCACCAACCCCAAGAGCCCCUCCCCGCAGCAGCACGGCAGCGUCCUCACGUUGCCCACAGCCCCGCCCACCCACAUGUCCUUGGCCAAUGGUGUGCAUUCGGGGGCAGGACCAGGGAUAAGAUAUGCCUCAGUUCCUGCAAUGGGCGGGCUCAGCCCAGGAGGAGGAGGAGUUCAAGCACAGUCCCCAGUAUUGCAAAGCAAGAUGCUGGUUCCCAUGGCGACAGUGAGAACGGGCUCCACGCCUCCGCAGCCCAUCUCUCUGGUCGCCCCACAACUUCCUGUUCAAAAUGGUGCUCAACCAGGAAGUAAGAUCAUUCAGAUUGCUCCCAUGCCUGUGGUCCAGACCAACGUUCACCACUCAGCAGCAGUGCACCCUGGGAAUUCCUUCCCUGUCUCCAUGGGAACAGCGACUGUUAUGGCUACGGGCUCCGCUCCCCCACAGACUGUUCUGCUUACUCCUCCUCCCACAAGGAUCACUUAUGUGCAGUCCACCACAGGCGUGGUUGCCCCAAUGCCACUGGUCUCUACAGCGACGGUCUCCACUCCGCAGCAGCUCCCGCCUCCCUCAGGUCCAGCGUUCCUGCCAUCGUCCCUGGCAACCCUGGGGUUCACUGCCAUAGCCCCCGCUGGCCAAGCCCUGGUCCAGCCAAUCGCAGCAGGACAACCACCCCUCUUGGCCCCGGCUCCUCCCCCCAACUGUCCGUCACAGCCUGCCGUGGCCAAUGGAGCGCCACGUCAAGUGCUCACGGCCAUCUACCCCGCACCCAGCGUCACCCUAGCGACAGGGAUGGUUUCUGUGGCAACAGUACCCCCGAACAUGACCCUCGCCCCUUCCUCCUCCAGUCCAGACUCCCCCUCCUCCGGAUUGCAGACGGGGAUAGCCGCACCUGCACCGGUGUCCCAGCUGUCGGACCCCAUGAAGGCGCAGCCUCACACCGGCGGACAGGUGGGCUCAUCGCCCGUUGCCAUGGAGAUAGAGAGGCAGAGCGUCCUGGAGAAGCACGCAGACGGAGAAGCACAGGUGGAAACCCCAGGACACACCACCACAACAGCACAAACAGGCAGCACAGCCCUGCAUCCCACCACCACAGGUCGCCAUGGCAGCAUGGCUCAGGAUGCAGCCAAUCAGAGCGAGACAGAAAGAGAGCGGAAGAUGGAGGAAGGCGGAGUCUCAUGGCGAGACCAAGUGGCUGAAGGACAGGGGUCCGAGAGGGCCCCCAAGGGCCACAGCAAUGAUGAGAGUGGGAGGGAGGACCAUGGCAAAGAGGUGAGACGUAAGGAGUCCAACUCCCCUGCGCCUCCUCCAUCAGGACUGGAGCCCCCACCUCCACCUCCUCAGAAUGACAGGGACAACUCCACUGUCAAGAAGGCCAAGUCCCGCCCUCCGCCACUCAAGAGGACCUUUGAGCCUGUCGACAAGGUGAUGUCGGGGUCGUACUUCGAGGAGCGUCUGGCCGAGCUGCCGGAGUUUCGGCCCGAGGAGGUGCUGCCUUCCCCCACGCUGCAGAGUCUGGCUACCUCACCUCGAGCCAUCCUGGGGAGCUACCGCAAGAAGAGGAGGAACUCCACUGAUCUGGACUCUGCUGAUGACCCCAGCUCUCCCAGGAGGAAGAGUCGCCGGCUGUCCAGCUGCAGCUCCGAGCCCAACACGCCCAAGAGCGCCGCCAAGUGUGAGGGGGACAUCUUCACCUUCGAUAGAGCAGGAGAAUCGGAGGACAUGUUGGUGGAGCCGGGGGAGCGCGCUCCAUACUCCUCCCUGCGCCGCACUCUAGACCAGCGGCGGGCUCUCGUCAUGACACUCUUCCACGACUACGGCUUUUUCCCCUCAGCCCAGGCCACGGCUGCCUUUCAGGCCAGCCAUUCGGACAUCUUCCCCACCAAGGUGUGCCUGCAGCUGAAGAUCCGCGAGGUGCGACAGAAGAUCAUGCAGACGGCCACGCCUGGGGCCUCCGAGGGCCCGGGGCCGACCGGAGCCGACUCCGCCUCCACCCCAGGCCCGUCCAGUGCACCACUGCGAGAGGAAAGUGGGGCGGAGUCUGACGAAAGGGGGAGUGGUCACGAGGAAACCAACAACACAGGCGAAUCACAGGAUUCCACCAGAUGAAGAAGAACGACUUACAACAACAACUAGCAAUUAAUAGCGAAGAUGGAGGAGAUGAGAGACACACGAAGGGAGGAAUAUUACCUACACUUUCCCACAUAUUUACAUACAACAACACUUUUUUGUGGCAAAUUUUAGUUUCUUUCGUUUGUGGGACACAGAAAAUAUGUGGCACACUCUCUCUUAUAACACAUUCACAUCCACAGCCACACACAGUCACACACAUGCAUGCACCCACUCAAAUACACCCAAUACACACCCGAACAUGCACACACACACACACACACACACACAGCAUGCACACACACACACACACACACACACACACACACACACACACACACACACACACACACACACACAUACAAGCAAACAGACUAUACAGUCUAUAGAAAUAGACUCACUCAGCAAACAUUACCCACCGAAACUCACAAACAUUUAUGCAAGGACACAACGCAAAACACAAAAGAAAGAAUAAAAUCUAUAUCUAUAAUGUCGCCGUCGGUCAAACGGACACUCACACACAACAGGCACAAAAUGAACUUUUUGUAAAGAGCAUGACCAGGCACACACUUACUUUGUACAGUGAGGAGAGGGAUGGAGCAUCCGAGCACCAUGUAGACCGAUGGCCACACACAUACACAUGGAAAAACCACCAUCAACUUGCCACUUCUAUCUCCCCAGUCCCCCAACCUCUUCUCCACACAUCCAGCAUUGGUGGCUAAGCGUCCAGCCACCUGACCUCAGUUCCAGUGCCCUACAAUGCUGCGCCCGUGCCAGCCCCUCGACUGACCUCUGCUCAUCUUAACCAAGCCAUCGGCUCUUGCUCUCCUCAUUGGCCUGAUUGUUAUACUGAAUGGAUAAGAAUGUCUCUUCCUUGUUUUUAUUCCUUGCUUUUUGGGGGUUUUUGUACUGUUGAAGUGGACAGAAACUGGGCCCACGGUGGCUGGUUCUGUUGGAUCUAGUCACCCAGACCCAGGCAGGCGUGUAGCAGCGGUGCUGGUUCAAGUGGGAACCAGAACACUUUGGUUCCCCCAUGUUCCGUGGUUCCGGUUCCGUGUUCUGAUGAGAGAAAGGGAAGCAGCAGCGGCUCGUCUAGCAACAGCGGCAGGAAGGGAUGCAGUAGAUCAUGGCUGGCGUGUGCGUUUGCUUCUUCCCGUGGUGUUCAGAAAUAGCUGUUCUGUUAACUAGUUUUAUUUUUUUUUCUUCUAUCCCUUAAUUUCAUGUUUUCUUUCAAUUCGAACUGAACCAAACGAAAGUUUGGUUAAUCAAGACUUACUGACUUGCAACUGACCAAGCGGCCGGGUAAAGGCGGAGGAAGAGAAGACAAGGCUGUGGUGACUGCCAAAAAGCAUACACACAUACAUACACAUAUACUAAGAGCGAGUGAUAGAAUGGCACUCACAACAUGACAGAAGAGGAACGUAUGUAUAUCUUCAAAAAAGAGAGAAGAAUAGACAAAAAACAAUGACUAACUCACCAAGCUUUCCCCCAACCCCUCUUAAUCUGUCUGUAGUAUGUGCUUUGUUGUCAGCACUUGUGUCGUUCUGGUGAACCCGGUUAACCUGUGACAACAGUCCGCGUUUUUCCUGGAUGGCUGUGGUAGGCCUAUCUCUUUAUAGCACGGACUAACUUAAGUACAUACAAACACACCAACCAUUUUUUGUCUAAGCAGACUUGUGCUCUACUCCUCGCUCCGAAACAAAAAACCUCCUUUUCGAGCCUUCAUGUUAGGCUUUCCUUCCCACCCCUGCCUCUCUGACCUUGUAGUGUACGCUAUGGAUGGGGGUGCUAGUUUCUUUUAAAUAAAAAUGUUUCAGUCAGGUGUUUGCACAAUAAGUGGCCCUGUGGCCACGUUUGAAAUCAGGAAAGUAUUGUUUUUGAUAGAUAUUUAAAUUUAACCACAUCUUAGUUCCGUUCCCCCCCUUGCCCCUACCCUAUACCACCCCACCCACCCAUGCUUGCCUUUCUUUUUCCUCACUGAAGCUCCUUUUUCCUUGCUCUUAUGUUUGUUUUUAAUUCCCCCUUUCUGCCCCCAAUUCUCACCCCAAAAGCCUGGCUUCAGGGUCAGGUGAAGUUUUGUAGCUCAGGAUGGAUUACAUUAGGAUAACCCCAGGGAAUUCUGACUCUAGAACAGUGCUACAGGGCGUAUUCUCAGGAUCUAACCCUUUCACCUCCCACCCCCACCCCACACUCCCUUUCUCUGCCACUUUAUCUCAAUGGUGCAAUAGGACAGUAGAAGUGGAUAUGGUUGAUACGAUUGACAGGAUUGUGCCAUAGAUAUUCACUGUACAGUCUGAAGAGCUGUCGUAAAAAAGAAAAUGUAUAAAAAAGACAGAAAAAAUGAUGUAUAACAUCUAUGAUUUGAGUUCUGAGAAAGUAAGUAAUCCAACAGAACAAACUAAAAAAUCCAAACUAUUAAUAUAGCACUUUCUUUUUCGUCUUGUUCAGCUGAGGGAUCAUACCUGUCUCUCAGUAUUCACUUGAAUGUGUGAAAAAAUAUAUAUAUAUAUAUUUCUAUAUGUGCAUAAUAUAGAGGUGCGUGUGUGUGUGUGUGUAAACGUUUCUACAAGAAUUCAAGCAAACUUGAUUUUCCCUCACUCAAAAGCUGUCACUUCUUACUUGCCUAAUUCAGUGGCACAACUCUUAGGACUGUUACUGUAUGUGUGUGUAAAACUGACAGGUAUGUGAGAGAGCGUAAGCAAGAGAGAGAGAGAGAGAGAAAGAGAUGAUGAGAGAGAGAGAGAAUGAGAGUCAUACAGACCCUAUGAUUAGACAGAAAUUUAAAGAAUCUUGGCACUUACUAUGUCUGCAAACAUGCGCUUGCACACACACACAUGCAUACUGACACCUAUGUGUGUACACCUUACGAUUGUGUAUCCAAUAAAAUGGUCCUUACUUUGGAGAAGGAAUUUUAGAGUGAGAAAGAGUGUUAGCCCGUAAACAGGCAUGUUGACCAUGUGCAAUAUUUCUAAACAAAAUGAAUAUUGAAAAUAUUAAAGACCUAACCCAA